UCUACUUUUGUAGUUACUAGUCGAGUCCAAAGCGUUCAUCUUGAAAUCAUAAGUCGAUGAAAACUGAUACAAAUUGAAUAACUUGCUGCUUUAAAACAUGCUGCUUGUAAUACUAGUGAUAAUUUUGAUAUUAUUUUACGCGUUUCACUACUUCUUCUAUGGUGGCAGAAACGGACGAUUAUUAGCGAAAAUACCCGGCCCAACAGUCUGGCCGAUAAUUGGAUGCGCCCCGAAAAUUAUGGUUCCUACAGAUAAAUUUAUGGGCGUGGUUCAACAAAUGGAUAAACAAUAUUAUCCUAUGUAUAAAAUUUUAAUUUUGAAUUUACACGUCGUAACUAUAUUGUCAGUAGAUUAUGCCGAGGUAAUUUUUACAAGUAAAUACACUACAGAAAAAAGCAUAUUUUAUAAACUUUUAGAUCCUUGGUUUGGUACUGGUUUAUUGACAAGUGGAGGGGAAAAGUGGCAGAAACGUCGGAAAAUGUUGACUCCUGCUUUUCAUUUGAAUGUUCUACAAAAAUAUUUUGAAAUAUUCGUUGAAAAUACUAUUGAUAUUGUUGAACAUUUGAAAACACAAGGUGUAUCCAUUCAAAAUUUACUACCAUUAUGUACAAAAUAUUCCUUGGAUAACAUAAUUGAGGCGGCAAUGGGUACUUCAUUAUGCGAUGAUAAAAGUGGACAGGCAUACAGACAUGCUAUUCGCGAAAUGGCUGACACAUUGUGUCGAAGAUUCAUCAGCCCUUGGUUGUUUAAUGAUUGGAUAUUCAGUAUGACCCAAUCGGGUAGAAAACAAAAAAAGUUGGUUGAUACGAUUCAUGAGUUUAGUAAAAAGGUUAUCAACGAAAGAAAAGAGUAUCAUGAGAGAACUAAAGGAUAUUACUUGAAUGACUUUGAAUCAAAACAGGGUUUUGAUGACUCGGAAGCUUUAGGAUAUAAUAAGAAAAGAUUAGCUAUGCUAGAUCUAUUAAUAGCAGCCCAAAAAAAUGGCAAUCAAAUUGACGAUGCUGGUAUACAAGAAGAAGUUGAUACAUUUAUGCUUGCCGGACAUGAUACUAGUGCAUUAGCUUUAUUUUUUGGUUUACUUUUUAUUGCAGAACAUAAAGAUGUCCAGGUAAAAAUACGAAAUGAAAUCAAAGAAGUAUUUGGAAGCAAUAUAAACGAUAUUAAAUUAAUGGAUCUACAAAAACUUAAUUAUCUUGAAAGAUGCAUCAAAGAAACAUUACGAUUUUUCCCUUCCGUUCCAUAUAUAUCUCGAGUUUUGGCCGGUGAUAUAAAAUUAGAUGAUUUUACAAUACCUAAAGGCACUUUCACAGAUAUACAUAUUAUAACAAUUCAUCGAGACCCUAAACACUGGCCUGACCCUGAAAAAUUUGAUCCAGAUCGAUUUCUACCGGAGCAAAUUCGGAAAAGAAAUCCUUAUGCAUAUUUACCAUUUAGCUCUGGUGCAAGAAGUUGCAUUGGAAUGAAAUUUGCUAUGACAGAAAUGAAAAUAUUUCUUGUAUACAUACUUACCAACUUUCAAGUCGAAAUUGUAGAUUACUUAGCUCAGCAAAUUCCGUUUAUUCCAGAUAUAACUUUAAGACCUGGUGUUCCAGUUAAUCUUAAGUUUGUACCAUUAAGCCAUGAAAUUCAUUAAUUUAUAUUUUAUUUUUCACAAAAUUUUUAAGAAUCUGAAUUUUAUUUUAACCACCAUCAAAGUUAUUGAAAAAUAUAAAAAAUCAAGAAACAUUUUUUAAGGUAUUUAUAAGAGCAAAUAAGUGUUCCCGUUGUAUUAUCAGCUGCUAAAUCUGAAUUUUUUGGAACGGUUAUUAUAAUCACAAUCUAUUGCAGAUGUUCUAUUCCAAAGUUAUUUCUUUCGAAAAAAAUAUAGUUUUUUUAAUCUCUAUACACAAUGAUUAUAACCAGAGACGUGAAAGCUAUAGUGUAAAAUUACAUUCAUAAUAAAAAUGAGCAAAACUU